GCCCCGAUGCCGUGCUGCUGGACCAGAUGGUGGAGUACCUGCAGGGCCACGGCGGCGCCAUGGACUACGGGCGCUUCGCUGGCGAGUUCCAGCGCUGGAGGAAGAAGCAGCUGGAGGACCACUUCGACUUCAUCGACCUGGGGGGCGGCAGGUGGGAGAUCCGGCUUAGCGGCAUGGCGGUCGAGGCUGGCUCCGGCGGCGGGGGCAGCUCCGGCAGCCGGGCCCGCACCGGCGGCAGGCCGGCGACCGGUCGCAUCCGCUGGUACGACCAGAAGAAGGGCUACGGGUUCAUCGCCUGCCCGGAG